UGUCUCUUAUUUACUCUUUUGCUAUACAAAAGAAGUCACCGCCUCUCCUUACUGUGUUUACUUACUAUUUCUAGAACUACUACACUGCCUCUUGUUUUGUUUUCCUGGGGAGGGAGGGGCGAUAUUGUGAAAAAUAAAACCAGCAUUUUUUUUCUCCGGCAGUGACUGGAGAAUCAGAGUUGCACCAGGAAAUUAAUGGCUGCAAGGUCAGGAGGUUCUUCGUCUGUGCCGUCUCUGCCUCCACCAUGUCCGAAAUCGCCGCCAGAGUAUCCGGAUUUGUAUGGAAAGCGAAGGGAAACGGCUAAAGUUCAGAUACUCGAGAGAGAAAUUAGUUUUCUUGAGGAGGAGUUAAAGUCUGUUGAAGGUCUCCAACCUGCAUCCAGAUGCUGCAAAGAGGUUACAGAUUUUGUGAUGGCAAAGUCAGAUCCUCUAGUACCUACAAGCCGGAAGAACCGAAAGUCGUGUCGAUUUUGGAAGUGGCUUUGUGGAAUGCCCUGCUUUAACUUGUCAUGGAUCUGCUGUUGCUGUUAUUCUGAUUGCUCUUGCCAUCUGAAAUGCCCGCAAUGCUCUGACUGUAAUAUGUGUGACUGCAAUUUAUGCAACUGCAGCUCAUGUAACUGCAGGUCCUGCAAUAGCAGCUCAUGUGACUGCAGUUCAUGCAAAUGCAGCUCGUGUGAUUGCAGAUCAUGUAAAUGCAUUCCCUGUGACUGCAGAUCAUGUAAAUGCAUCUCUUGUGACUGCAGAUCGUGUAAAUGCAUCUCAUGUGACUGCAGUUCAUGUAAAUGCUAUUCAUGUAACUGCAAUCCCAUUUCAUGUUUAAGCUGCUGCAAAAUACCAAAAUGGUGGUGUUGCUCUUGUCCUAAAUCUCAGUGCUGUAGAAAGAUCUCAUGCAGCCGAAACUGUUGCAGUUUUCAAUUUCCUUUAUGCACAGACUGCUGUUGUUGCAGAUGGAAAUGCUCCUGUCCUAAAUGUCCAAAGGUACGCCUUGGCCGCAGUUGUACAAAAACCUGUUGUAACCCAUGCUGCUUAUUAUUCUAAAUAUAUUAAUGCAAUGUCGGAUGUAAUCCUUGAUCCUAAACAUGUCAGUCAAUUUUUGUCAGGGAAUAGCUUUUAUGAAGUGAGAAAGUGAUGAAUAUUUUUUCUUUCAAUAGUUACAUUAGGGAAGGGAGAUUCAAACUUGGAACCUCCUGAUAGAUGAUGGAAUUGUCUAGCUAUCAUUGAAUCAAUGGCUAAGUAAUGCCGGUGAAUUAUUGUUGUUUUCUUUUGUAAAAAGUUUCCCCGAGAAUGAUUAGACAUGAUUGGAACAAGUUUAGAAAUGAUGCAAGGAUCACAAAAUUACACAGAAAACAGUGAAGUCAUUUAAUGUUAUAAUUCGCCUAUAAACUAUAUAAUCCACAAUUAGUUGGACUUCAGAACCAGGCUUAGGUUAGAGUUGCAUAAGAAUACGAAUGUUCCUGUGAAAACUCUUGCAGCAUAUUAUAAGUUUUUGUUAGACAUGUCAUUUGCGUUUGCAGUCUUUUGCUGACAGUGAGAGCAGAUGAUGGACCUUUUCCAGGUCCAAAAUUCAAACCAAUGGACCUACUACCUGACAAUUACGUAUGUAAAUAAUUGAUUUUGGGAGGCCAAGUUCUGUAUGGUUUCUGCAGUUUUUUCCUGCAAAAUUGUAACUAAAUUAUGUGGUGAGAGGUCUUUUCGAACAGUUUUGUAAACGAUGGCCAUUCAAGUUGGAGGUGAUGGCCAGAAUCCCAUCGCCGUUCAGUCAUUCUUUGCCUUCCUAAAUCUUUACGAGUAAUUGAGUCAGGAUAACGAGGCCCAGAAACUCGGGGCAAAGACCCGAGUCUCACUAUGGGCAUUAAAGUUAAAAGAUGUCUAAACCUGACUGUGACAUAUGCUUUUGGGAAAAAAAAAAACACUAAAACUGUUCUGUUGGUGAAAUUGGCUGAAUUUUGCUGUGCUUAAAAAGAUUUCUUAGGGUCC